GGCGUGGCCUCGCCGUGGGCGGAGCUAAACGCGCCCCCUCCGGGUCCCGCGGUGGGCGAGGCCUCGGCCCCCCCGCCUCCCCCCCGGCCGCAGCGUUGCCAUGGCAGCAGAGGAUGCAGAGCGGCCGGGAUGGGGAGCGGCGGCUCCUCGGGGCGCGGGGCGCGUUUGGCGGUGGCCGAAGGGCCCGAGGGCACGGAGCAGCGGCUGGAGCUGCGGGGCAGGCAGCUGCCGGAGGAGCUGUGGGCGCAGCGGGGGCUGCGGAAGCUCUACCUGAGCGGGGCGGGGCUGCGGGAGCUGCCGGCCGAGCUGGAGUCCCUGGAGCACCUCCGCACGCUCGCCCUGGACGGUAACGAGCUGCUGGAGGUGCCCGAGGCUCUGUGCUACCUGCCCCGCUUGGUGCAUCUUUACCUGGGUCGCAACGGGCUGCAGGGGCUGCCGCCCGCCUUCGCCCGCCUGCAGAACCUGCGCUGUCUCUGGCUGGAGGGCAACUUCCUCGCCCGCUUCCCCCUCGCCCUCCUUCACCUGCCCGAGCUCCGCAGCCUCCAGCUCGGGGACAACCGUCUGAGCCGCCUGCCCGCGGGGCUGCCGCGCAUGGCCGGCCUGCGAGGCCUCUGGCUCUACGGGAACCGCUUCGAGGAGUUUCCCCCUGUGCUCUUGCGCAUGGUUCGCCUCCGCGUCCUCGACCUGGAUCGCAACAACAUCUCCCGCUUCCCUGACUUGGUUUGCCUUGCCGACCUCUGCCUCCUCUCUUACGACCACAAUCCCGUCCGGCAGCCGCCCAGCGUUGGCGAUUCUGUCCAGCUGGUGGGCGAUGGGGCACAGGAGUUCAUGGAAGCACGGCAAGAACGCCUGCAGAGCCUUCAGCAGCAAGAAGAGGAGGAGGAGGAAGGCACUGAGGUCUCCCCUACAGCCCCCAGGGUUGACUCCCCACUCCUGGAAAAUGGGGACGGCAGCUUUGCAGCUCUGCCAGGCUCCCAAGAGGAAACAUGAGCCACCACGCUGCAGCCGGACACCCACAGGGGGAUGGGGAGCCUCCACUGGGCUCCCAAGGACCAGCUUCCUCGGGCUGGAGAAGAAGGAAGCCUCUACAUGAAGGGAAACAGAGUCUGAGACAAGCAUCUCUCAGCCAGGACAGCAAAGGGCUGCCACUUGGAUUCACAGGGCUCAUGGGUCACCGUUGGGAUCAACGAGCCCACCUUAAAGCAUCCCAUGUAACCACAGGGUGCCUUGGAUGGGGAAAAACGGCCCUCUGCACUGUUGGGGGGGCCCCACAGACCCCCUCUGCCUGCUGGACAGGCCCUAGUGGGCUCAACGGUGCUGCUGGUGUCCCCACGAUCAUGGGGACCUUCCUCCCCUUUGCUCCUGCCUCCAUAGGGCAGGACAGGCAAGAGCAAUGCUAUUUGCAUCCCGUUCCCCACGGACCCCAUCACCCUAAAGAGCAUUGAGGUUCAAGAGCAAAUGCACAAACCCCUUCUCACCCCUAUUCUGCUGCUGGAAUUGGGCUGGAGGAGAGAAAGGAGUCUCUGCCGCGCUCCUCCCAGCCAUCAGGUUUGGGAAGGAGCUGAUGGAAACCUCAACCCAGGCACAAGUGCUGCCCAUCUCAAGCCUGGCAAGGGGUUUGCCUCUGUCUGAGAAGAGGAGCCCCAGCUCCAGCUAUGUCUGCCCCAAAAUGGGCACCAAAGCUGGAGCUGUUGCCUUGUUCUUCCUCUUCCCUGAGCUCCAUUUGCCCCAAAUUCAAGCAAUA